UGUAUUCGUAUUGUGCAGAGAGAGUGUGUGUGAGUGAAAAUUUGAGUGAAUUUCUUGCAGAGUGCGUUUGAAUUGGUAUUUUUGCUACAUCCCUUAUGAGUGCUGCGACAUUAGAUUAAUUUUACAAUUCCAUUCCUCUUAGGCCUUAGCUCUUGCACAAGCUUGCUCCAAGGAGUGACAGAUAAGUACAAUAGAAAAUCAAGAAUCUUUCUUGAGUUAAUUUAUUCCAGUUCAGUGCUUAACAGAUUGAACAGUUGUAUGCAAUAUACAAAUUAAUAAUUAAAUCAAGAUUUAUGGCCUAGAAAAAUGAACUCUCACAUGGUUGUACCAGGUUUUUUAAUGAGCUUAAUUAAAGAUCCUUAAUCUGCGCUCUCGUACUUCUGAAAAGUCAAUGUGUCUUUAUGCUUUUAUAUCUUCUAUGGCAGAUAAAAACAAACUUUCUCACACUCUACACCUACCCCCCUCGCGGGCCUGACCCCAAAAAUCCAAUAGAAAAUUCUCAGGAAAACAACUUGGUGGUGUUAGGUGAGUGUUUGGAGGGGGAGGGGAUAUAGAAGCACUCGUGCAUUUCCAUAGUUCUUUUUGGCUGAAUUAGUAUUAAUUUCUUCGCUCUUCCCACUAGAGAAACCCUCAAACGGGAUCUAGCUAGAGAGAUAUGGCUUAUGCUGUUAUAACUUCCAUUAUGACAACUAUAGAGCAAGUCUUGCAAUUCAAUCCAAGUUUGAUUUCUGAAUGUAGGGAAUCCAUUGAUUCACUUUAUGGAACACUUUCUUACUUGCAAGCUUUCCUUGAGGAUACGGGAAACUGGAUCAAUGAUCAAGAAGCAUUGAAACUUUUGGAAAAGAAGAUCAGUGAUGCAGGAUAUAAAGCAGAAGAUGCAUUUGAUUUGUGCCUAAGAAGAAUCCAUGUGGCUAAUACUGAACAUGAUCAAAACAACGCUCGUUGUAAGCUCUAUGACGAGUUGCAGCAAAUAACAGAAGUGAUGGAUUCCAUACAAGUAGGGGUAAUGAAGUUCAAGAAUGACCAGCACAAUAACCAGCAAGAUAUCAAAGAUCUUUCAGCAAUAACUUCUUCACCUUUGCGCUCAUCAGGGCGUGUCUUGGAUGAGGAAAAUACUCUUGUUGGAAUGGAGGACGAUUUCAACAUCAUAAGAGAUCAACUCUUUGGGCAAACACCGGAGCUGAACGUUGUCUCAAUUGUUGGUAUGGGCGGUAUCGGUAAGUCGACUCUUGCUAGAAGUUUAUUUGACCAUCCAUCAGUAUACCAUCGCUUUGAUAUUUCUUCAUGGGUUACUGUUUCUCAAGCAUAUGUUGCAAAAGAAAUGCUUUUGGAUGUCCUAUGCUUCGGUACUCCAGGUGGGAAGGCAAUGUACCGCAAUAUGAGUGAAGAUGAAUUAUUGGACCAAGUGCAUAGAAAAUUGAAAAGGAAGAGGUAUUUGAUUGUUUUGGACGAUAUGUGGACUAUAGAGGCUUGGGACCAAGUAAGAAGAUCGUUUCCCGAUGAUGGAAAUGGAAGUCGCAUCAUGAUAACUAGUAGGCUCUUCGAAGUAGCUAAUUGUGCUGGAAAUGGUUGCCCUCCGCAUCACAUGCCUUUUCUUAGUCUUGAAGAUAGUUGGAAAUUACUAUCUCUCAAGGUUUUUGGAAAGGAAGAUUGUCCUCCUCAGCUUGGGGAAGUAGGAAAGCAGAUAGCGCAAAAAUGUCGAGGGCUACCUCUCUCAGUGGUUGUCAUUGCUGGGCUUCUCUCCAGGACCAAUAGGACAUAUGAUGAUUGGAAACAAAUUGGUGACAAUGUGAAUUCUCAUAUAUGUUCGACCUCUGAGCAGUGUUUAGCAAUAUUAGCUUUGAGUUACAACUACUUGCCUUGUAGCUUGAAAGCCUGCUUUCUUUACAUGGGUGUUUUCCUUGAAGAUGCAGAUAUUUCUGCGGAUAAGUUGAUUAGAAUAUGGGUUGCUGAAGGUUUUCUGAAGCGAAUUAGUAAUAAAAAGCCAAAGGAAGUAGGUGAAGAAUGUUUAGAGGAACUAGUUAGCAGAAGUUUGAUUAUGGUUAAUAGUCGAGGGUGGGUAAGCAGAAAACUUAAAAGUUGCAGAAUUCACAACCUCAUUCGACUAAUAUGCUUGAGAGAAGGGAAAGCGGAGAAGUUUUUUCAUGUCUUAAAAGAAUGUUACGAAGUGUCCUCAGAAGGUGUGGAGAGUGAACAUCGGCUAUUUUUGUACGAAGAUGCUGUACAAAACCAGAAUCUCGGCCUAGAGAAAGGCAAUCUGGAUUCAGUUCGUACCAUCUCGUGCAUGCAUAAACCACAUGCUUCUUUACUCGACUAUGAAUGCUACAAAAUAGUGGACUCUUGUUUUUAAUUGCUGAGGGUAUUGGAUGUGCUACUGAUUUAUUUUCUACGUUUUCCAACUGAGAUAACAGAAUUAGUGCACUUGAGAUAUCUUGCAUUGGCCACUUCUACCAAUGUUCCAGCAUCAAUAUCUAAUCUGUGGAAUCUACAGACAUUGAUUGUUCAUUCAGUUGCAAAUGAAUUAUCCUGGCCAUUAGAAAUUUGGGAACUAUCUAGUUUGAUAUAUUUCUAUCCUGGGAAGAUGUAUGUGCCUGCUCCUCCUAAGGCACCAAAUUUUUUGGGUCUAGAAAACAUAGAAGAGCUUUCACUAAGCACUGCUACUUCUUCCGACUUGAAGGAAAUCUUUAUGGCAAUCCGUAACGUAAAGGUAUUGGAUGUUGAGCUCGAUCAAGAUGGAUGGGAUAAUUUUAUAGAUAAUCUAAUCUAUCUAGCUGAUCUUCAGAAUCUAAGAAUUCUUCUCCGUCUUCCGUUUGAUGCACAAUUAUUCCGAAGGCCGAGUGCUCGACCAUUUGACGUGUUCCCAAUAAACCUCAAGAGUUGGAUACUUGCAGAGACACAUCUACUAUGGACGGAGAUGACAAUGCUUAGUAACUUACCCAACCUUGAGGGGCUCAAACUAGAACUUUUUGCUUUUCAGGGGAGCAAUUGGGAUCUAGAUGAAGGGGGUUUCAAGAAACUCAAGUUGCUAGACAUUGUUCAAACGGAGUUGGUGCACUGGCAUGCGACCAGUGAAAGUUUUCCAGUUCUAGAGUAUCUAGUCCUAACACAUUGUUAUAAGUUGAAGGAGGUUCCUACAGAGAUUGGAGAUAUUCCCACAUUGAAAUUAAUUGAGUUGCAUUAUUGUAGCCAAUCUGCUGUCACUUCUGCAGAGGAAAUUCUAGAAGAACAACAAAGCUUGGGAAAUGAAGUUCUUGCGGUCCGCGCCUACAACACAAGAGGCUAAGAAGUGGAAGAAAAUGAAGAAAUAAGGGACAUUCUCAACUAAGAAUGUAGGUAUGUUUGAUCCUUUUAUGCUUCUAAAUGUGAUGACCGUUGAUGAAUUGAAUAAGCUGAAAACAAAAUGGAAAACCUUCUCUGGGAGUUUGCAUAAAAGAAAUUGCUGAUAUUAAUUAAGACAUGACGAGAUUGCACAGAGUGACUAUAAAUUUUUAAAAGUUUUUAGUAAUUGAAGUUAUGAUUUCAUUAACAGCAAAAUAAACAGUUCUAUGAUGUCAUGCGGCCUUUUUUUUUUUUUUUCUGGGUAUUUGUAUUUGUGAUUGAUAGCUUGGAGAGGACAUAUUCGCUACUUAUUUGUUUGAAUUUAAUGAUUAUAGUUAGAUACUGCAAAAUCUGCGUAAGGGAGGUUUGGUGGUUUAUUAAGAUCUUAAGCUAUACAAAAUAGUACAUUCUUUAAAAAGAAAAAUAUAGACUAGUACCCAAUUUAUGUGUCAUACUUUCUUUUUUAGUCUGUCCCAAAAAGAAUGUCAUACUUUCUUAUUUAGAAACAAUUUAACUGUAAAUUUUCUUUUUACCCUUAAUGAGAUUAUUUACGGCCACACAAAUUUCUAUAGCUUGUCCUAGAUCAUAAGUUUCAAAAGUUUUCUUUUUUUCUUCUAAACUCCAUGCCGAGUAAAGCACCGCCACAUAAAUUCGAACGGAGGGAGUACCCUAAUUAAGUAUGAAUUGAAUAGUUACCUAUUUUCAUAUGAUGUCAAACCGAAGUUUCAAUAAGUUCACAAUCCUGGUAAGUUCAUUUGUAGUCGCACACCUUAUUUGCUCUCUCAUUUUUCCUUUUUCAUGUGGAUUCUAUUAUUAUGGGUAUAUCCAAGUCUUCUUUUCCCCAAACUAACUUUAACCCAAGACAAGAGUAUAGUGUAUAAUACAUGGAGCAACUCAAGAAUAAAUGCCUAUAUAAACUAGCUAAAACUAAAUAAAGGUUUCCACGAAACCUAAGUUGCGCGGAUUCUCCAAAAUAAUGCCGUACCUGUGUCGGAUUUGUCAAAAAUGCAUUACUUUUGAAAGAUCCAACAUGCACCCGGCGAAAUUUUUGGAGAGUCCGAGCAGCAUAACACAAAACUAUGUGUGGAGCUCACUGACAUAUGUCUUCCUCAAGUAGCUAUCGAUCUUUCAGCAGCCUUGUUCACAGAGACGGAGCCAGAAUUUUCAUCAAGCGGUGUCAAAAUAUAAAUAAUUAGAUACAUCGAAAAGUCAAGGGGAGUCAACGUAUAGUAAAUAUACAUAAAAUAAAAUAAAAAAGUUAUUUAGUAAUAUAGUGUAAUUUUCCGGCGAAGGGGUGUCAUGCUUGACACCCCUUUGUUCCAUGUGGCUCGGCCACUGCUUGUUCAAUUCCUAUAUCUAUAAAAUAAAAGAAAAAGAGUAAAAGAGGGGGUGAGAUCACCAACUCAGUCAGUAGUCACCUAAUCCAAACCGGACUGAGAACAUGCUAUUUAAAAAUAGAAGAAAGCACAUAAUUACAUAUUGAGCAAAUAUACAUACAUUUAUGCUACUCUCAAUGCUGCUCAGCCUUAGCAUAGAACCAUGGUUCACUAUAUAUAAAUGUCUUUUAAACAAGUACUCCAUUGUUCUCCUAAUCCCUGAGUAGCUAGGAUCCCUGAUGUGCUACCCCAACCCCAACGUCCAGACUGUUUGGAUACAAUUAAAUUCCACCACAUGGAUUAGCGAUUCAAUCUGUCUACGUUUUACUUACUUAUGUAGUCUAAGAGUACCACAAGACUCAUAAACAUGACUAAAUUAUGUCCUAAACCCAGUGUUAGAAAUAAUUUGAGUCAGUCUUCUCAGUGGACAUGUGGUCUUCCUAGACUUGUUGGAUUGAUAUAAUAUUGAAUGGUGCAGAUAGAUACAACACAAUACAUCACAGCUGUGUAUCUGCAUGAUUCCAGAAUAUUCCUACACAUAAGAUACAAAUACACAACUCAUAGUUAUUUUUCAUUCUUUGUACAAAGCUUGUUCUAGUCUUUUGAACUUCUUCCUAGGCUAAUGUUGAAUCUGCAGUGGCACCACUCUGGGUGCGUCAAUCUUGCCAACUGCUGUCACAAUCCUUUUUCGCUCUGUAAGAUUCCACUGUGAUAAUUAAAUGAACUGUAUCCAGAAUUGAAAUGGAUUGAUCUACCAUGUGGAUUUUAUAAUUCAAAGUUUGCACCUUCGCUUUUUCCUCAACAUCUAGUAUGCUUGGACUUUCUUGUAAUUUUUUUAUGUAUCAAUGUACCAAUGUGACAGUUAAGAAUUUGAUUUUGAGACGAACUGUAAAUAUAAGU